AUGAUGGCCCAAGAAACCAACCAGAAAUUCGGGCUCGCUCGAGCGCUCGUCGUUUUAGGAAACUGGGAAACAGCUCAAGAAAUCAUCGAGCGCUACCCACAGUUUUGCGCAGUUUCUGAUCCAUCGAUGGCGAAGGCGAUAACCAAAAGAUGUCAUCAGAUCAUCGAACCUCUUUUCAGAAAAGUAGCGGCGAAGAAAAUCGGCACAGGAAAACCGGUCGAGGUCAAAAUCGACGAAAAGUCUCAAGUCAAGGAGUUUUCCGAUAUCGAAACGAAUUUGAUGCCGAUUGUCAAUACUCUUGGUCCAAUGCUCUCCGUUGAUCCGUUGUUGUUCACCAAGAUCCUGAGAAUCACCAAGAGCUUCUUCCGAACCUACAAGAGCGAGGCAGAAAAUGCCGAUUGGCGAUCUGAAAACCGAUCCACCAUCGCUUCUCUUCUUUGCAUAAUUGAAGAGGUCUUGCUUCCAUCCUUGACGAUGAUGGACUGCCCAGUUGUUCAAUCCGAAGAGCUCUGGCAAAUCUUCAAAAACAUGGACUACGAGCUUCGCUACCGCCUCUACGGGCAUUGGAAGAACCAAAGCUGCACCUUCCACCCGAAAUUGAUCGUCGCGCACGCCAAGUCCGUCGACCGAACAAAAUACGUCCUCAAGCGGCUAACAAAAGACACGGUCAAGCAAUCCGGUCGACAGCUCGGCAAAAUCUCUCACGCUAACCCAGGCGCGCUUUUCGACACUAUUUUGGUGCAAAUUCAGCGUUAUGACAACCUGAUCGGUCCAGUCGUCGACACUUUGAAAUACCUAACGAGCGUUAGCUACGAUGUUCUCAUCUACUGUGUCAUUGAGGCCUUGGCGAAUCCGGAAAAGGAAACGAUGAAAACUGAUGGAACAACAAUUUCCGACUGGCUUCAGAGUUUGGCAAACUUCUGCGGAACUGUUUGCAAAAAAUACAGCAUCGACUUGAUCGGCUUGAUUCAAUACGUGGCGAAUAAGCUUCAGACAGGAUCGUCUCUUGAUCUUUUGCUGCUGAAAGAAGUGGUCCAGAAGAUGUCGGGAAUCGAGGCCAAUGUUGAGGUCACUGAUGAUCAGUUGAAUGCGCUCUCUGGCGGCGAAAUUUUGAAAACAGAAGGAGGUUAUUUCGGUCAAAUUCGAAACGUCAAGAAGCCAAGUUUGAGAUUACGAGAAGUCCUGAUCGAGCAUAAACUCGCCCUACCUCUCUGCCUCCUUAUGAGUACACAUCGAGCUCAUAUCGUUUUCGAAGAAGGAGUAGGAAAACACUUGAAACUCGUCGGCAAACUUACAGAUCAGUGUCACGACACUCUCUAUCAAUUCGGCGGUUUUCUCAGCGCAAACCUGAACAUGGAAGAAUACAUGAAGCAAGUGCCGCCGAUCGAAGAGCUUAUCGAAAAGUACGGCACUCCCUGGGACGUGGCAUUUUUCAUCUCGAGGCAAAUGUACAAUCAUCAGAUACAGGAUCAGUACCAGAUCAAAGUCACUGAUCAGAAAAUAAACGACCAAGAAGUAAAGUCAGAAAUGUUCAUCGACUGCGCUGAUCACAUCUUACUGCCAAUCGCCAAGACGGUGGAAUCGAUGCACAAGGACAACGUCUGGCUCGACAUCAGCUCCAACUUAUACACCGCUUUUUGGACAAUGACGAUGUACGAUAUUGAAACGCCGACAGAGUCUUACGCCAAGGAAGUGAAGAAGCUUAAGGGACAGAUCAAGCAACUGGACGACAAUCUGGAAUUAAAUUCAACAAAACGAAAACGAGAGAAAGAACGCCUCACAACUCUGAUCGAAAAACUCAACGCCGAAAAACAGAAACAAGAUGAGCAUCAACAAAUGGUUUUUGGCCGACUUCAGCGACAGUGUGAAAACUGGUUCCCUGCAAGAAACACGAAAAAUGACGCGAUCACUACAUUCCUUCGAAUUUGCCUCUUCCCGAGAUGCAUUUUCUCGGCUUUGGAUGCUCAGUACUGUGCCAGAAUGGUCCAGUUGAUUCAUGAAUUGAGAGUUCCGAAUUUCAGCACUCUUCUCUGCUACGAUCGAGUAUUCACAGACAUCAGCUACAUCGCCGCCUCCCUCACCGAAAACGAAGCAUCUCGUUUCGGCCGUUUCCUUUGCGGAAUGCUCUCGACGAUCAUGCGCUGGCACUCUGAUCCUGAAUACUACGAAAAAGAGUGUGGCGACUUCCCAGGCUUCAUCACGGUUGUCCGAACUCACAACAAAGCUAAUGAGCCCAGUUCAAGAGCGAACCAGCUUGAUUAUGAAAACUUCCGCCACGUGUGCCACAAGUGGCAGUACAAGCUCACCAAAGCUCUUGUUCUCUGCCUCGAGUCUGGCGAAUACGUUCAAAUUCGAAACGCGCUGAUGAUUCUCACCAAGAUCCUCCCCUUCUUCCCCAUGGUCACUACUCUCGGAGCAGCACUAGAAAAACGCGUGGAAAAGGUGCGAAACGAAGAGAAAGACAAGCGACAGGACUUGUACGCCUUGGCGAUGGGAUACGCUGGACAACUGAAGGGAAGAAAGAGCGCCAUGGUUCAGGAAAAUGAAUUCCAUACAAAAGACAAAACUCAAAAAGCACCUGCCAUGAAAGAAAUCCAAGAGCGAAAACGUCGAGAAGCUGCGAAAAAGCGCGAAGAAGGCAAAACUCUCUCGAUGGACGUAGAAGAUGCGAAAAAGGAAGAGCGAAAGGCUGAAAGUCGUUCUCGAUCAAAGACAGCUGAGCGCUCCAGGGCUCGAGAAAAGAGCGAGAAGAAGGAGAAGACGGCGGAAAAAGAGAAGGAGAAAGAACCAGAACCGCCGAAAGACACGUCGAAAAUGACGAUGCAAGAAAGGAUGGCCGAAAAGCGACGGCAGCGGGAACUCGGCAUGGCAAAGAAAGAAGCGGCUGAAGAGUCGAAGGACGAUGACAGCGAUAAACGAAAGCGAGCCAAUCCAAGUUCUGAGCCAGGAUCGCAGGAAAAAUUGCCGAAGCGAGCGAAGAAAGAUGACAAAGACAAAAAAGACGAGGAGAAAAAGAAGGAAGAUAAGAAAGCCCAGCUCUCUGAAGCACUCGAAAAGGAAAAGAAGGAGAAAGAGGCACGAUCGAAGGAAAAGUCCAAGCGGGAUGAAGAGCGAUCCAAGUCCAAGUCGAAAUCGCGCGCCCGAUCACGUGAUCGUUCCGAGUCUCACUCCCGAAGCGAGCGAAAAUCCCGCCGUUAG